GGUUCCUUCUCCCCUGGACCAUGAUGAUCAUCACUCAAAUCCUCGGGAAUUGUACCUUUUGAGGAGUACUAGUUCAUACCUACCUGUACCUACCAGAUCUUGUGCCGGAGCCUCGGGGUGGGCAUUAGUUAUGGGUACUGUUUCGAUUGCCCUCCCCUAGAUUGUACUAUUCACCUCCUUCUCACAUUCCACCCUCAACCAUGACUGCUCGAGAUUCUGACAAGGGCCGUCGCUAUAUUGCUGCCUUGGACAGCGCACGCUGUCAGAACAAGUGGGAUGAGAUCCCCGAACUUAUUCGCAAGGUCACCAAGCAUGCACCGCAAAAGACGUGCCUAUUAGAAGUAGCAUCUGCGGAAUACCAGGUUGCCUUACACUCCCCUCAACGUCCAUCGUCCUCUCGACCCUCCUCUUCCUCGUCUUCGGCAUUACCAGAACUCAUUUCCCACCUUUUGUCUACCGUUGAGAAAGCCGAUGGACCACCACAAGACAUCUUCCAAGCGCAGGUGUGCCUUGGAUGGGUACAUUGGACGCUCAACGAACCGGGGUUGGCCGCGGUUCGUCUACCGAACGACUUUGAUGAGACACUCCGCAGAAUUCUAGGCUCUGGAGAGGAGCUUUCGCCAUGGACAAAAGUGUGCUUUGCUAAGGCAUGCUAUCUCAAAGGCGCCGCGCACCACAGAGUCUCCGGGUCCGCCGAUGCAUUGGACACACUUCAUUCGCUUACUUCAUGGUUGAGUAGCCACAAUGAGCUUUCUUCGGAUAGCUCCCAAUUCUUACAUUGGUCUGAGCAACUCGCAUCUGAGAGCGCAUUGGUCGCUAGCACGGAAGCUCUUAAGAACAUUCCCAUAGUCGACGAGGCCCUCAUGAAAACCGCCCUAAAGCUCCUUAGGGCGUGGUCCGCCCACCCCAACAUUAAACAAGGGACAUUGACUCAUAUUGAUGGCUUUGAGGAAUGUACACCAAAAUAUUUGACGUGGAAGUCAUAUCAUGAUCUCUUGUCAGCCAUCCUACAAUACGAUCUGGCUUAUAUACCACCAGCAAGCGGGCCUGAACGUCCACAGCUUGCCACUGAGCUACGGCGUGUGGAAGCGGUUUACGAGAGCAACCUUCUCCGCGAAACGAAGUUCCCCACGGCAGAUACCGAAAACUCACAAAUGGAGGCAUGGGUUGAACAAGUAAUCAAAAACUGGGAGUUACUCUGCGGGCCUCAAUGGACCGACGAAGAUCUUGGAGAAGGCGGUCAGAAUGCAGUUGGCAGGAACGUCCUUGAUGUGCUCUACCGCGCCGCUACCAAAACAUACCAUUCUCACUUGAUACUUCGGCGCCUAUUUCAUGUUCAUUCAUCACUAGCAGAUUUUGAUCUCGCGCUGAAGGCCCUUGAUUCAUAUAUCGAGAUUGUCGUAAGUGCAAAAGAAAGGGCAGAGAAGUCGGCCCAGUAUGGAAAACUGGAGAAUGAUGGCACUUUAUUACGAACUCUUUCCGAAGGAGUCACGAUGCUGUGUUGUUUCGGCUCAGCGAAAGAAGUCGAGAAAGCUCGAGACUUGACUAUACUCAUGAGGAAGAUCAUUAACAAACAUGUCCAAGAAGUCGACGAUGAUGAGGAACAAGGAAAAGUUCUGAUCUUACCAGAGACAAGCUCAACUAGCUCUCAGGCUGUCUCUCCUUCUGAUAUUGCCGCAGCUUAUAGAGGGAUUGGUAUAAGCCUUGCGUCCUGGGCCAACUGGACCCCUGUGAAUGAAGAACGUGAUGAUAUCCGGGCUGAAGCCAUCGAUAAUCUGGAAAAGAGCACUGCUCCCGAACUAGAAGACGAAACCAAUUACUCAUCUCUAUAUACGCUUGCUCUUCUUUUGGCAGAAGAUCGAGAUCUAGAUGGCGCUAUUGACUGUGUCAAGACAGCGCUGACGGCGAAGACGCACCCGGGAUCUGUUCAGGGAUAUUUCACACGGGAGCGAGACCUCGUUCCACUAUGGCAUCUGCUUGCCCUUCUGUUAAGUGCAAAACAUGAUUUUGAUAUUGCCGAACGCUCUUGCGAGGCCGCAUUUGAGCAGUUCCCUGCCGCGGUUACAUCUCUUGCCCACCACGAGAGAAGGCCACAAAAGCAGCCACAGUCUCCCCAAGACCAGACUAACGGCGCUGGGCUACAGCGUACAUUAAUCAAGGAGCUACGCGCCCGUGAGAAGGAACGUAUAAUCGAGACGCGGAUGACUCAGCUGGCGUUUGUUGAGCUUCUAGAAGGCCCGGAGGCUGCUGUUAACCAUAGCGAGCAACUCCUUGGACUAUUUGCAACCCUAUUUGGCGACCUGGACCUUGGAGCCGAUGAUAAGAAGAACUCCCAGUCAGACAGCCUCAGGCCCCCAUCGAGCUCCGCUCAUACGGUGAAAAGCCUCCGCGGCAGUAUUUUUGGACGGCAUAAAGGGCCUCGUGCACCAGACCGACGGGUACAAUCCGGAUCAGACUUCAAGGCGGAUGGAAACAGUCCAUCGGCCAUUCUGAAUGACACCGACCAGGCGCCAGUGAUUCAGGUCACGGGUGAGGAUAAACACAUUGGACAGGAGACCCCUCAAUCCAUUAAAAGGUCCGACUCGCGGAAAUUGCGGAAACGCAGUAGUACCCUUAAAAAGACGGACAAUGCGCCAGUUCAAAAUCAUGGUCAAUUGAAUGGUGAUGGACUAGCGGAUGGCGGAUCAAGCGUUGAGCAACCCAAUGGGAGGGAAACCACGUCCCCAGACAUGGCUAGGGUUGUAGCGUCUUCUGCCAACAAUGAGCAAAGUGGGAAACAGCCCUUGCGACCUAUAGCUCAUAAUAUGAGCCAUACGCGACAGCCACCUCCCAUGGGUCAUGCAAAGCAGCCGCCUGAGCAGGAUGUUCGUUUGCCGAUAUCAUACGGAUUUGACUCUCCGACCAGAGCGGCGACCAAGUUCCCACUCGCCCAGGCCCAGAAGCAUGCCCUCUGUAUUCUCGUUAAGAUCUGGCUUCUCGUUGCUGGCCUGUAUCGACGGGCAGCGUUAUUUGAUGACGCGCUUGAAGCGUGUGAUGAAGCUGCAAAGCAUGUUUCGCGAGUCCAGGCCCUUUGCGCCGCGCAAGACUCUUCUGCUAGGUCAUUUAGAGAGCGCGGAUGGGGUGCCCCGAGAAGUGUUGACGAACUUUGGGCUGAUCUCUUGGCUGAGCAGGCGUUCUUGUUAAAUGCCCAGUCACGUCCUCAUAAAGCGAUGGAUCAUUUCGAACAAGCACUGAGGCGUGACCCUGACCACCCCAAAGCCACAAUUGGCUUGGCAAACCUCCUCCUUGAUAUCUGGGAUCAAAAGAUGCCACUGGAGCCGCCCGAGCCCGAAAUCCAAAUUGAUAUGUCAAUGCUGACGCUAGCGUCGCCAGAAAAGCAAAACCCAGCCGGAAAGAAGAAUGAUGAAAAGCAUGGAAAUAGGCAGUCAAUCACUGAAACAUCGAACUCCGAACAUAACCAUGUGCCUCAUGCCAUUCAGAACGAGGAACCUAAACUCCUCAAUCGCAUCGCCGCUCGUGACCGGGCCUACGGUCUGCUUUCAGCCUUGACGAAACGCGGUAGCUCCUGGGACAACUCCGAAGCCUGGUAUACACUCUCUAGAGCGUAUGAAGCUGAGGGGCACAUUGAGAAAUUGAAAGAGGUUUUGUGGUGGUGUGUUGAGCUCGAAGACCGACGGCCGAUCCGUCACUGGUCUAACAUAGGUUCUGGUGUAUAUGUCCUUUAAAUAGCCAGGAAUUGCCUCAUGUACUUAAUUUUGUUGGAGGAGCACUAAAGAUACCAUCCUGUUAUAGAAUUGUGGAUAGAUACUACUUUAAACACACAGCGGGUAAAAUCCAAGGC